AUGGGCGAUCGAAAAUGGCAGGAUGCUCCAAGUACCCCAGCAGAGAUCCAACAAAAGUCAACGCCAGAAACCACAGAAAACAUCGUGGUGGUCAAACCUACUGGUAGCGAACCGGCAGCCGAGCCAACGAAACGGGACGAUGGCAAGAGGGAGAGUCUCAACAUCAAGAUUCAUCUGAAUCUCCGUGCCAAGGUGAAAUUGGAGUUGGAUGCUCAGCUAGAUGGUGAUAUCAUCAUUGGAUUUCUUUCAUGCUUCCUCCCCAGCUCAGUCCAUAGCUCCAGCCUCAAAAUGGAGGGGGAAUGCAAAUGCGAAGGCGUCAACAAGGACUUUCCUGCUGGAAGUGUCCUUAGAAAGUACGAAAAAGCCGUCUUCCCAGUCGCGGACCGUCUCUAUCGCUUGAAGAAAAUCCUCUUUGAGCAUUACAACACCGAUCACCACCAGCGCAGGGCCAUGUUCGAAGCCGAGGACUGCGAGACUAAGGAUCCUGUCGCCGUCAAGUUCUUCGUGGAGGCCGAUCCAUUCAUGGAGAAAGAGGGUGAAAAGCAAUCUAUGAAAGAUUAUGCAACUAAUCUGUUCCUCCGUGAAUGCAACAUCUGGAGAAUCUUGUCAGACUCGGGCUAUACUCCCAAGUACUACGGCAUGAGGGAGAUGCAUCAGGACCGCACCUUUGAGAACCCCGGCGGAUACCUGUUGAUUCUUGUUCUGGGGCAAUACCCUACCCUCAGUCUGGAAGACGCGCCUCGAUUCCUGUCUGAUCAGGAUCUGCCGGCCAUCGAGGCACAGAUGCGUGAUAUGGCUAUUAAAUUCAACAAGCACGGUCUCGAUUAUUUUGGCCUUUCGUCGUUCUUCAAGUAUGAUCCGAGGGCGCGGAGAGUGUACGCCACGGACGUUGAAUGCUUCGACGAGACCGAGGUUUACGAUGACCCGUUAGCGGAGGAGCAUCCAGCGGCGUAUUGGAUCAGUGUCGUGAUGAAGGACCUCAGAGCUGCUGUGAAAGAGAUAAGUGAAAGACGUGCGGAAAUGGCGGAGUUCGAAUUUUGUGAAUAUUUCGACCGUGAAUGCCAUCUCAUGCUGUCGUACUAUCUAGCUGAUUAUGUGGUUCAGCACCAUUUGCAGCAUGAUUCUGAUGCUCAGCCUCUCUUGUCGUCUUGCAAGACCGAAAAGGAAGUUAUCUACAGCAGAGGCGUGUGUGUGCUUCAAUCCCGCUUAUUGUAUCCCUUGGCAUACCUUGCAUUCUUCCUCGAAACCUACGCAGCUGCCCGUGACGCAUCCACGGAAGAUUGGAAGCCACAUCAUCUGCACCGUUCGCUCGAAGAGCAACAGUCCAUUCUCCAACGGCCUCCGGUGCGCCACAUGAUGAACCCUGACUUCCCACCGUCCUCAACUGGAAGCUGGGUCAAUAUCCUCCUCACGACAUCCACACUGGAAAGGAUACUAGACUUUUUCAUUGCGGCGGCGGACGACCAAUCCGCAGGAGCGCAGCACGCCAGGAAUGCACAGAGCCAUGCUCACAUGCACACUCACCACGCACAUACCAAAGGUGUAUCAUCCACCUGGACGAAACGGAGGGAGUUCCUGCUGCAGAUGCGAAAGGAUUGGGAUGAGUAUCUGGCGUCUGUGGGUGGUGAUCAGACUGCGACUGAUCACGAAGCGCUCGUCGCUCCCCCUGGUCUAAGACAGGUAUGGUUUGAGGCAGCCGAGAAGGAGAUGUAUCGGCGGGGCGUGAUUACGCAUCGCAGUGAGGAUCCAGUUCACAUUCUCCAUGGGUCGUGUAUCAGGUUACAUUGUGAAUUCUGUGAUGAUCAGUAUUGA